UUGAAUAUUUCAUGAUCGAGUGUUGUACGGUCGGAGUUAGUGUACGUUCUAGCAUAGAGAAAGGGGCUGUGUAUCUCGUGAUACAACGAUGAAGGAGCGACACGGUGAGACGAUAGAACUGUUAACAACUGGGCGCCCUACAGAAACCCCUACUACUGGGGUUGACCAUGAAGACAACAGCAAACGGAACGAGCACCGUAAACUGAACAUGCCAGUUGUGGUGAUUAUGAUCACUGGGAAAGUCGUAGGGGGAGGUCUCCUGCUAGUUCCGAUCGCCUUGAGUAAUAUGGGUUGGUAUGGCUUUAUCUUCCUUUUCCUUUGCUGCGUGACGUCAGCUUUUACAGGAGUCCUCCUGUCCAGGUCGUGGCUCGUACUCAUGCGCUGGUACCCGGACGAGUACCUGGAUGAGAUCAACAGGCAUCCGUACCCUUCCAUCGGUUAUGUGGCAUUUGGGGAUGCUGGAAGGCGAGUGACUGCCAUUUUGACCGCAAUCUACGGGUUUGGGAUUACCGUUGCAUCCUACCUCCUAGUGGCAGACGUUGUUCAGUUAAUAUUCUUUAAGCUCCUUCAUGUGGAAGUUUCUAUGUGCGCCUUGAUUGCCAUUGCUGUGCUUUCCGCAGCACCCUUGCUGUGGCUUGGGUCACCUAAGGAUAUGAUAAUCGUGUGUAUAGUAUCCGGCUCCACGAGCGUGCUGGGGUACCUAUCUCUUGGCAUUGGAUCCCUGUUGGACAUUGGUGCCUAUCCUGACAUUGUUCCUGUCAAACCAACACUGUUUUCAGUACUUGGAUCUCUUGGUCUCAUUAUGACGGCAUUUGGUGGACAAUUUGUUAUACCUACAAUCCAGCACGAUAUGAAGAAUCCAGAGGACAUGCCCAUUUCAGCAAUAAUGGGGUAUUGUGGUAUCGGUGUGGUCUAUGCUACACUCGGUCUCGUUAGCUGUCUUGUCUACGGGAAUAUAUUCGCAGUCGUCGGUUCAGAUAGCAUCAUCGAUCUGAUCACAACAGAGUCCUUCCAGAUCAUAGCGAUCGUAUUCAUCUCUAUUCAUAUGCUCAUUGCAGGCGUUCUUUUAAACAAUCCUCUAUUUCAAGAUUUGGAAAACUACUUGGAUAUUCCUUACACCAUCACAUGGAAACGGAUUUUACUGAGGUCAGUCUUCUCAAUUUUGGUAGUGUGUGUUGCUCUUUCUGUCCCGAGCUUCUCGUCUUAUCUCGCUGUCGUUGGGGGCGCCAUUGCGGCAUUGGUAAACGGAAUUCUACCCUGUGUUGUGUAUUUAAGGCUCGCAUCCAUGGAAGCACCGGCCGGCAAGAAGCCAGAGGGUCCAUUGAAAUGGUACUUCACCCUAGCUAUUCUCACAGUCAUUGUUUUAUCUACGUGUGGUGGUCUGGUGUCGACCGUGACAGGCAUAACCAACCUGAUUAAUAAUGAGAACAACUCAACACUGCCAUGCUAUAUCCAGUUCCAUUAAACACACUGGACACUAUUGUCAAAGGCCAGUCUUCUCACUUGGUGUAUGCAUUAAAGGCAGUGGACA